AUGAUUGGACUUCGCUCAAUUUUUGUUGCAUCUCUGGCAAUAUCUUGCACCUGUGCCAAGCUCGCAUGGAAAGACACGAAAUUCUUGUUCACUUUCGGUGACUCCUACACGACAGACGGAUUCAACAUAUCCGCUGGUGUUAACUCUCCCGUUCCAGGAUUUGUUUCUUCUAAUGGGCCUAAUUGGGUUCAGGCUUUAGGAAGUACUUAUAAUGUUGCCGGAACAAAGAUAUUCAACCUGGCCUCGGGAGGAGCUACAAUAGAUUCGAAAUUAGUAACUCCGUUCGAACCCACUGUUCUAUCAAUCGUGGAUCAAGUAGCACAAUUCCAUCAAUUUUUGGCACCCAAGCCGGUUGGCGCACAAUGGGCUAGCAACAAUUCGCUUUUUGCUAUCUGGAUUGGCAUCAACGAUGUUGGCAAUUCCUUUGCAUGGACAAAUGUUUCUCAAUCCCAAUUUCAUACAGUCCUCAUGAACCGCUUAACCACACAGCUUGACCAACUCUAUGCAGAUGGCGCGCGCUCCUUCCUCUUCCUCACCGUUCCACCCACCGAUCGCGCCCCUCUCAUCCUGCAGCAAGGUCCAACCGCUGUCAACGCGAUAAAGCCUGCCCUCGCCGACUACAACCAGCAGCUCCGCACAACUGCACAAAAAUUCCAGGCCAAGCACAAGGACAUCAACACCGCGAUUGUCUUCGACACCCAACCCGUCUUCAACACCCUCCUGGACAACGCAAAAACUUUCGGAUAUGUGAACUCGACUGGAUUCUGCGAAGCUUAUCAGAAUGGAACACCGUCGCAGACUACACAGACGCCUCCAUGUGCACCUGUUUCCAAUUACUUCUGGUUGAACUCCUUACAUCCCCUUUUUACAGUCCACAACUCUUUGGCGCUUGCAAUAUCCACCACUUUGAGCACCUGA